AUGCCUGGGCUGCUGUGGAUGAGCGGUUCCAACGGUCUGCAGGUCUUGACUCAACCCACAGAUUCUGGCUGUGUGCAGGCUGAUAUGAAUCUUUCUGAUGUACGUGGCCUGGACGCUAUUACUUCUUCGGACCUCUUUAUGGAUUCUUUCUUGGCUGUAGGUGACUGGGCCAAUUGGAGUCCUCAGUCGAUGAUUUAUUUUCGACCGUCACAAGCUAUAGAUCAUGCAACAGUACUCCCACCGGUCAUCAGAGGAAAUCGGGUCAUCAACAAGCGAAAAUCACGUCAGUUGUUUGCCUGUUCAAAGGUCCUCGGUAUAGAUUAUACCGACAGCGGCCAACUGUGGUGGUCAGUUCACGAUCUGAUCCUUGGACAACGACAGCAAAUGACCACUCCUUCGCUCCUAGCUGCUGUGAUAGCAUUACAGCUCCUGGGAAUAGCGGCUGCAAUCCCAUAUUCCCAGUAUAUUUUAGCCCCGUCGGAAAGAUGCAUUACUCCUGUUUCUGUGUACAGUAUUAACGGUACUGUUCAUGAUGCAGACGCUUUAACUGCGUCUGGCACUGGGGUCGCUACUUUUGCUGCAAACUCUAACAUUACCUAUGACCAUGGCAAAGACAUAGGUGGCCUUGCUUCGUUCACUGUCAGCAAUGUGUCACAGAGCGAUGCCGGUGAAUACAUUGGCAUUAGUUUCACCGAGUCCUCCCUCUGGAUUUCGCCUAAUGGCUCGGACGCCACUGCCAACGUUGCUAUUGAUGAGAUCAUUUGGUUUCCAAUAACUGGCCCAGGAUUCUACACCCUUGAUGCACAGCACAGUCGUGGUGGCUUCCGCUAUCUGAACUUAUAUCACAAUUCAACAGGUACUGUCACUUUAAGCAAUCUUACGACAUACUUGACCAGUGUUCCGACCUUACAGAACUAUACGGGCUACUUCCAUGCCGAUGAUGAUGAGAAGCUAAACCGCGUCUGGUACGCAGCUGCCUAUACAAAUCAACUGUGUACCAUUCCCGCAGAUGAAGGCAAUAGUUUAGUCGACAUUGCGGCGACGAAUCCAGAUAUUCCAACCCAAUGGUGGUCAAACAGCACACUAACCAAUGGCUCCUAUGCCUUGGUCGAUGGUGCAAAGCGUGAUAAACUGAUAUGGCCCGGGGAUUUUGGCAUCUCGGUCCCAGCUGUUUUCCUUUCAACGAAUGAUAUAGACUCUCUUAAGGUUUCUAUUGAACAAUUAUUUGCGCAGCAAAACGUCACCACUGGCCAGAUGCCAUACGCAGCAGCACCUAUCGUGGUGGAACCUCCGGAUCCUAUUACUUCUAGUUUUGCUACCACUUUCUCGUUUACUUACGGACUACAUGGUCUUCUUUCAUUAUACUACUAUUAUAAAUACACAGGAGACGUCGUCUUCGUGAAGGAGCAAUGGGAUCGCUUUAAGCUUGGCUUAGAUUUUAGUCUGAGCUACAUCGAUUCCUCCGGGCUUGCGUACAUCCCCAUUGAUAAUGCGGAUUGGUUGCGGAAUGACAUGGGAUGGUAUAACAUUGAGGUAUACUGUCUUUCUCUUGCUAACCUGACAACACUUUGUGAAUUGUUGAUGAUCCUGUACUUACCGUCGCCCAAACAGGCAAAUUCAAUCUUGGUCUACACACUGAGGGCAGCUUUAUCUCUAGCAGAAGCUGUAUCCGACUUCUCUGGAACAGCAAACUGGACAUCUACCAUUAGUGGGAUUGAGACCGCUGCUAACGACCUUCUCUGGAACUCAACGGAGGGCCUUUUCAGGGACAACGAAAACAACACAACAUUAUUUCCACAAGAUGGGAAUGUCUGGUCAAUCAUAUCUGGUGUAGCCAACAGCACGCAAGCCGUGACAAUAUCCAACAGCCUUAGGGCUCGUUGGGGUCCGUAUGGUGCACCAGCUCCCGAAGCAGGGAAUACAGUUUCUCCUUUCAUUAGCGGAUACGAGCUUCAAGCACAUUUCCUGGCAGGACAACCACAGAAUGCGAUUGACCUCAUGCGAUUCAUGUGGGCAGAUUUCAUGCUCGAUGACCCGCGUAUGACGAACUCUACUUUCAUUGAAGGUUAUGACAUUUCCGGCGCACUCCAUUAUCCAGCUUAUGCAGACGAUGCACGUAUCAGCCACGCGCAUGGAUGGUCAACGGGGCCACUUACCGCUCUCAGCACCUAUCUGGCUGGAUUACAGGUCCUGAAUUCGACAAAUUGGAUUGUUUAUCCGCGUCCGGGUGAUCUGUCCAACGUUGAAGCCGGGUUUGAGUUGUCCUAUGGAAGUUAUGCUGCAAUUUUGAAAGUCAAUAAAAGCUCAACGACGGCAUGGGCGCCAUCAUUUCCAGCAUCAUCCUCAUACUGGUUCUCUACACCGGAGGGUAGUACGGGUAGCAUAAUUUUGGAUAUUCCCAGAUAUGAUGCUAAAAUUACAAUUGUUUCCACUGGGAGGAGUGAGUCAAAGGGCUUUUUCUGGACAAGGGAAGUGAAUGCCUGGGUAGGGGGCGCAAAUCCUCGCGGUAUUUCUUUCUGGGGUCCACAGGAUUCAACAAAUGGUACUCUUGAGGUCAGUGGACUUUCAGGUGGUAGUGGCUCUAGGCCAUUCCUUGGUGAUGAUAUACAUAUUUCGCCAAAGCGCUCUCUACCUAAGAACUUAGCGGGGUGA